AUGACGACAAAGACGGGUGAAUGUGGGUGCUGCAGCAAGCGGCACCAGCGGCUGAUUUGCACAAGCUGUCUGAACAACACGCUCAGCGACGCACGCCACACGCAGCAUUCAGCCAAAUCAACCAUACGCUCACACCGCCAGAGCAGCUCUGUCGUGGCGUUCGUCGCUGCCGUGAAACAACGCCGGCGGGAAGAUAGCGAUGACGUAGUUAUCAUGCACAGGCAGCUUUGUGCGUUGAUUGGGCGCGUCAAACAGACUCAACAGGCAAACAGAGAGGUCCACUCGCAAAUUACCAUUAAACGGAAUAACAUUGCCAGCCGACGACGUAAUCUAGACAAAGUGGCUGAUAUCGUCACUUAUAAUACACCUUCUCCCACCACCCACUCCUCCGCCGCUCUCUCGGAUUUACAAGCUAGCCGACGCGUGUUGGCAUCCGAAUGUCUCAAUAUCUUUGGUUUGCAGGGGCUCAGCAGUGGCGGGACAGAGUUGGGGGGCGUGCUAGUACCGCCCCUGAACCGAUUACAUGCACUCCCGCACACACACCUCAUCUACACCACUGCCAUCCUUACCCAGCUCCUCCACCACCUCUCCAACUACCUCAGUCUGCCGCUGCCAUACAACAGCGUGCGCGUGUAUACCUUCCAGCCGACGCUAUUUCUCUCAGAGAGUAGGAGAGUGUUCAUGUGCGAUCACGCUCACAAUCAUAAUCACACUCACUCUCACACUUACAAUCAGCACCCCCACUCCAUCCCCUCCAUACACGCCCUCAGCAUGCUCAUUUGCAAUCUCACCUUCUUACUCAAAGUCGUGGGGUUUCCUAUCGAGCUGUCCAAUGUGGCCUUUGCGGUGAACAUGCUGUCUCGCUUGGCAGAAUCACCCCAUCUAGGGGCCACCAGCUUCGGCGACAGCUGUGUUAAUCCGCUAACUCACUUGACCUUACCUGUAACCCUCUCAGCUAUCAAAGACAUUCUCUAUGGUAGUAAGAGCAUCAAGAGCGGUAAGAGCAGCAGUAGCAGCAGCAGCAACGAGAGCAACAACAGCGAGGACCAGUGGGAGGUAGUUGACUGA